CUUUGAUCAGUUCUUUAUUUGGGGAGAAUAAUAACACUUUCCAAUAUUUGAAUAGUAUUCAAGCUGAUCUGUGAAGUAAACAUUUUACAAAUGAAAUUGACACAUGGAUUAUAGAGGAACUAGGAAUUGGUCCCUGAUCCUGUGAUUUCCCAGCCUACUGUGAUUUCCGCUACUUAACACUCACCAAUACACUUUUGAUUGAAGAAAAUUGAGAAGGUCGAACAUAAAACAAGUAAUAACAAAAUUAGUAGGCUGCUCAAAAGAUAAAAUGGAUAAUUAUGCAUCAUUCAGAGUCAAAACAAUAAGUUCAAACUUGACAAUGAGAAUCAAUUCGUCCAUUCAAUCUACCCAAAGGCAAAAAUAAAACAUCACACCAAUCCUUUCAGACUGUUGUGUUCUCUGGAUUGAUUGAACCAAUUAAACUGAUAGGCUUUAUCUUAAUCUAGGUAUAAAAAACAUCUAUGGGAUGGGUAGAAGACAAUAAUAAAAGCUAAAUUAUGAUUGCAUCAUGCCCAUUGGGUCACAAAAGAAAUUUUGUUUCAGCUAAUGCAUGUUGGGGGGUGGGUGUGAUCACAAUUAUUCUGAAAUGUCCAAAACCUAAGAGUUCCUAUAGGUUAGAAAUGAAGAACACAGUCCUGGGUGAGAAAGCAACCACAUAUUUUGGAGUACAAGGAUGAUGAUUGUCAGUAUCUACUCCUUCCAGGGGAAAGAAACAGGCCGUUUCCGACAGUUAGAAGUACUGGACCAUGUCACUAGUGCCCUCUCGUCUUUGCUGAAUAAUGUUAACACUCUGCAGAAUAAAGCUGAAGAGAAAGCUGGAGGACAGAGAAUGAACAGAACCUCAGUGAGUGGGGUCAAAGAGCGUCAAAGAAGACUGAGUAAACUUUUUCAGAGAGCUUGGAGGCAGAGAAUUAGGGGGGACUACAGCACAGAAAUAUCAGAAUCGUUCAAGAUGAAGGAUGGAGUUUUCAUCCCUUCUACCAAAGCACAGGACUAUGGAGCAGAGUUACCAGCAGCCUCAGUCAGUCACAGCCAAAGUCACCGGUCUCCUUCAGCAGAACGUCAUUCUGUCCAUUCUGGCUUGAAACCUUGUCGCCCUCCUCAACCUUGGAGCAAGCAGUGGCGUUGUUCAUCCACGCUGGCCACACAAGGUUCUCCUUACUGUGAGUCUAACGAGUCAGUCAAAGACAGAACUCGGAAGGAAAACUCAGUUCACACAAGCCAGCUCAAGCACUUGUCUAGACUUGCAAGUAAAGCACCAGACUCCUUUGAAAUGGAAGAGAUCCAGAGCUUUGAGGAGGAGCCUGGCAACCCUCUUGACAUGACUCCAGGAACUGUAGGCACCAGGAUGGACAGAGCCAACAGCUGUCAGUCUGAUAGUAGUGGGUUUUUGGAGGAGCCAGUGGAAGCCCCGCUCCUCCAGGUAGAAGGAGUUGUAACAACGCCCUCACUGGUCACCAAACACACUCCAUUUCAACCCUAUCAACCACUCUCCCAACCUGACUCAAAGGGAAGGAUUCCUUCCUUGCCAAGCAGCCAGAGUCCUACUGAGAAUACAGAUAGAAAGCCACGGGAUCAGAGCCACAGCUCAGUGUCAUCCCGGGACUGUCAGCAAGAGUCUAAAGGGUCUGAUUCCAAGAGAAUGGUGAGCUCAUCUUUUUCAAGCCAAGACUGGAUUGUCUUGGAAGAAAAGGCCUCAGAAUCUGUGUUGAAGGAGCAGCCUCCGCUUGAGGCCACGCAGGGGCCACAAGAGCUGUUGGUCCCUGAUAUGGUCUUUGCCGAGACUGCUACUUGGGAACACCCAUGGGAAGACAGCCAUCUUCAGCAGCCCUCACCGACACUUGAGGCUGACUAUGAGGAUGUUGGAGCUAUAGUGAUUUCCAAAUUUGAUGGCCCUCUGGGGUUCAUGGUGACCCACAUCACAGAAGAGGAGGAAGGGUCUCUGAGGCUUGAGGGUGCUAGGGAAGUGCUCAUGCAAAGGCACCACUGUGAGUAUCAGAGGCCAUCUGGAAUUGAUCAGAAUCAAGACAGGUUCCCUCAAGAGGCCUCUGAUGACCCAGGAGCAGAGAGCCACAAACUCUGUCCUGACACUGGCAACACCUUACUGGUAGAAGAGAGACCAUCAGAGCACAUUCUCAGGCAUAGAGAAGUCACACACAAUAGAGUUGACCUUGUUCAAACACCUGACAAGUCCACUUCUCACCCCAAUAAGCUGCCUGGAGAAGCUCCCAGGUACUCAAGUGCUGGCUGCUCCAGGUCUAUGACAACCCAAAUGUCCUCUGGUCUGGUGUCAGCUGCUCAGAGUGUUGUGGCCUCUGGCAUGGAUUACAGAAGAGCAGAUAUAGAAUGUACUCUGUGUGACCCUAUAACUAUAACAGAACUGAGACAGGAGACAGAAACAAAGCAGGUCAGUCAUGUUUCUGUUCAGACUUACACAUACGAAUCUGAGCCCUGCCAUUGCUGUAUAUCCCCAAGUGACAAAGCCUUCACUCACAGACCCGAGCCGCUCACCCAAUCAGUCUCUUUGGACACAAGUUUCCCUAGUGUUGACCCAAUGGGCACUUGCCCCACCACACUCACCCACUGCUGUUUCUGCUGUCAUCACCAUUUCCACAGACUUGGGGAAAGGCCAUGUGCUGGCCCUGCACCCUGUGUGGGCAGACACUGGCUGUGUCCACAUGCAGAGCAUCUGGAAGCUGAGUUCACGAAGACCUUGAGAGUCCUUCAGGACACGUUCAUGAGGGAGCUAUAUUCUUGCACCGUCCAUGAGGUAGAAGCCAUGAAGACAAUAUGCCAGAGUUUCCAGGAGCAUUUAGAGGAAAUUGAACAGCACCUUAUGGGACAGCAAACACUCAUUUGCAGGGACAUGUCAGAGGAUGAAAGGGAGGAGGCUGAGCAACUGCAAACUUUACGUGAGGCCCUGAGGAAGCAGGUGGCAGAGCUGGAGUUUCAAUUAGGACACCGGGCUCAGCAAAUCAGAGAAAGGAUUCUCUUGCAGCUGGAACUUCUCAUGGGUGAGGCAUCUGAACACUGUACAAGUCUGCACCAACAUAGCUGCCCAGAAGGAAACAAUGGCCAGACUUCAGAUGCUAGCACCCAGCCCACCACCACCCCUCACCCUGCCUUUCCUCCCAGUGGGGGCCAGCAAGCUCCCUCCUCAGGCUCGACACAGAUGGCUGUCCUUGCUGCACCUGACUUAGAGACCAGCACUGAGUUGUCUCCCCUACCACCAGCUUGGGCAGAGUCAGGUCCAGCCUGUACCUCACAUUGUUCUGCUGGAGAAAAGGAUACAAAUGUUCUCCUCUAGAUCAGGGCUCAUUUGAUGGCCUUUGUGCAAAAUGGAAGAGUCCAGAACAGUUGUAGCAAGGAAAUCUAGAUUUUCCCCCAAAAUGUCCACCAACCUUUUAUCAGCUAUGCUUUCCAUAGUCUACUCUAUGAUUAAAGUUGGAGGAAUUCAGAAUAUUUUAAUACUCAUUCACUAUAGAACAAUUGAUCACCUAGUAUGCACCUGACAUGGGAUGUACAACUGUAUACAAGCUCUGUGUUGCUAGAGUUUGAUGGGAAGGCAGCAUAGAAACACAUAGCAUGCAUUUAUGGUCAAAAUCUGGGAAAGUGCUUUGAAGACAAUAACCAGGUUUUAUGAAAGAGAACAGAGUGCAAUGUCAGAUUCAGAUAAGGUGUCAGGAGGGCCUGACUGGGGAAGUGAUGAGGGAAAAUAGGAUCCAGGCUGAGGGAAAAUAGGACCCAGGCUUUCAGGUACCAGAAUGUCCAAAGCUGAAUCAAUUAGCCCGUGAAAGUGCUGAUGAAGCGCCUGUUGUGUGCCAGAGAUUCCGCUUGUACUGCAGGCAAUUUAGGGCAAGACAGAAAAAUGUGUAAUCAUUGAGAUUUGGUUGAAGAAUGAGAGAAAAAUAACAUGAAAUAAAUAUAAAGAUAAUUUCAAUACUGACAGUGCUGUGGAGAAGCCAAAGUGAUGGUAUUGCCUAGGGUGACAUGGAGUGACAAGUGGACUAUGUAAGGAUGCUUGGGGAAGUUCUUGCUAAAGGGCAGCCCUUUCAUAAAGCCCUGAGUGGUGAGGAAGAGAGAGCUAUGCAGAGUUCUGGGAAAUAUCUGAAGCAGAAGCAAUGAAAGGUUGACAGGUCUGGACACAGAGAAGGGAGCCAUGCUGCUGAGUACAGUGGGUGAUGGAGGGCAGGGAGUGGAAAUCUGAGAGGUAAGGUGACCCAUUCUAGGCCAUGGCCAAGUCUGGUAGCUUAAAUUCUUUUUUCCAGGGUGAAGGGAAGCCAUUGUAAGUUUUAAACCGGGAUAUGAUCUAAUUUGCCUUUUAAAAUUAUACUUGCUCCUUGAGGAAAAAACAUCACUGGGACCCACAGGGAGUCAGAGAUCCAAGGUAGAGAGGAAGCUGUUACUACAAUCCCUGUGGAGAUGAGUGAAAGCUGCUCCGUUACUCCCAUCACAUGGAAGCUGAGAGGCUCCCACCCCUGUGAAGAUGCAGGGUAGUGUAUAGAAAAUCCAAAGAUACCGAGUCUCUGAGGAUUGGGAAAUAGAUGAAGAACAGAAUAGUAAGAAGGGAGAGCAGGGAUAUGGGGAACAAAUGAGAACCAAGACCUGUCAUGUAA